AUGUCGCACUCCAUCGCCUCCGCGCUUGCCGAGAAGGAUAGCAACCAGCAGCCCAUUGUCACUGACAACAACAACAACCCCUCCACCACGAUGCAGCCCGGCGAGGAAAACAAGACGACCCACAACACCGAYGAGCAGAAACAGGCGUUGGACAAGAAGAUUGCUGAACACAACAACUCCUCGGGGACAUAUAUCUCUCCUUCCGAUGCCAUUCUCAGCCCGGCUAGCUCCAAGCUCGCGGGGUUCAAGCAGAGGCAGAUCAACAAGCAGACCAACAACAAGAACCCCACCGCACGAUCCCUCUUCUCGAGAACCAUGAGUGGCAACAGCGGGAAUGGUCUGGAGGAUUCCGAGGACGCUGCUCCUGCAAAGUAG